AAGGGCAUCUCGAAGAGAGGUUCCACGAGCACUUGACGCUUGUUGGCUCUUAAGCGACAAGAUCGUGUAGAUGGAACACAUGGUGCAAUCGAAAGAAAAAAAGUGUCGUGGACAAUACAUUCCAAUCUGAUGACGAAGAAAUCUACGUGGAAUCAUGAACGUAUCCUGUGAAAAUUUGAUAAUUUCGAGUUUAAUUCUUUGACGAAUUAUAUAUAACUGCUUGCAAUAAUCUUCUGACAACCUUGUGAUAUAACAUUAUCACAGAAAAAAGCCUUCGUUUCUUAUUUUUGACUGCAGCAACUUUUGUAAGUGUUUCCUGAAUAAUUUAGCGACUCUGCAAAGAUGGACGAGGAUGAUACUGAAGACUUGCGUGAAGCAGUUACGCUGGUGAACCAGCUUUCCACAAAAGUUACCACUUCCACCUCCAAAUUUACCUCGAAGAUCAGUCAGCAUAUUUUGCGAGCGCAGGAGUCGGAUUCCGACACGAUGGAGUGCGCAUCCGAAAACGAAGUAGAGAAUUUACCGAAAGAUGAGGAGGCGUCACAAUCUGUUAAGGCGCGCAAAUUAUAUGAGAAAUGUCGUUAUUCCCUGGAUAUUCCUGAUGAGGCUGAAUCUCUACGUAAUAAAAGAACGACGGUGUCGUCCCUACGUGUGAGCGAUAGCUCGCGAUUGGGCCUUUUUAUGGUGACGAAUCGCAGUCCGCAGUCCAGUUCCAGCCAGGAGGAAUACGAACCCGAGGUGAAGAGCAUCUCGAGGCUACAGCAGCGUCAGCAACAACAACAUUUAUUAACAACAGGUGCCGUCAGCCAGGUGACUGCCAGAUCGAUGGAGAGUCUGCGAUCGUCGAAAAACUUCCUGAGUGCCGACGAUCGUUACAGCGAAGAUUCCAAGUCGAUGGAGUCUCUGUCCUCGUCCUCGGAAACACAUGUAGGCUCCUCCAAGACUCAUUACAGAAGUUUCCUGACGUCGUCUACGAGAGACGUGCGCAGGAUAGUGACAGUCGAAUCGAAGAGCAGUGAGAAUCUUCAUCGAGAAGAGAGCAUGAAUGCUGAGGUCAGGCGCGGCCUUUUCGCCAACACCGGUUUGGAAAGAAAGAUACCGCAGCACCUCAGUUUACCGCCGCCGACCAGUGUGUUCUCUCUCACCAGUCCAGGUGGUAGCGACCGCAAGAUCACGAUCCUGAGCCCGCAUUCACCCCUACAGACAUUGCAGACAUCAGAGUUCCAAUUCGCCACGCAGACGCUUAAGAGCCGGCGCAAAAAGGCCAUCGUAUUGCCGAGGUUGGUGUUGCCCCGAAGCGAAUCCGAGGUCUUUCUAGAUUUCGACGUGGAAAAUGGCGCCUCGACUUUGGAUGGCGGCGCCGGCGGUGGCGGCGGUGCCUCACCAAGCGCGGGGCUUGUUCUCCAGACGCUGCCCCAGAGGAGGGAGAGUUUCCUGUACCGGAGUGACAGCGACUUCGAAAUGUCGCCGAAGUCGAUGUCUCGAAACAGCUCCAUCGCCAGCGAGAGGUUCAAAGAGACAGAGCUUCCUGUUGAACGAGCGAUAUUUACCGAUCAGUACAGCCAUGGCGAGGAAUUCAUCGUUACACCCUUCGCACAGAUUCUUGCUUCUCUACGCUCGGUCAGGAAUAAUUUCUUGUCUCUCACGAAUGUACCGACGAACAAAUCACGAAGAAGUAGUGGCCAACAGGGCAGUAGUACGCCACAGCCACGGAUUUUGGCGCCAGGAGAGGAGCCCUUCAUGAAGCUGGCUGUAGAAACGAUAGAAGAACUAGACUGGUGCUUAGACCAGUUGGAAACUAUUCAGACUCAUCGAUCCGUGUCGGACAUGGCAUCCCUGAAGUUCAAACGAAUGCUGAACAAGGAACUGUCGCAUUUCUCGGAAUCGUCCAAGUCUGGGAAUCAGAUCUCGGAAUAUAUCUGCAGUACCUUCCUUGACAAGCAGCAGGAGCUGGAUUUGCCGUCUUUGCGAAUCGAGGAUGCGGUCGCCGCAGCGGGUAGUGCCGAUGCACGGGCGGCGAAGAAGAAGGACCGUGCGCAAAGAGGCCCCGCCGCUAUGUCGCACAUUAGCGGUGUAAAACGACCGUUGACACACACUAACAGCUUCACCGGGGAACGUGUGCCGCUCCACGGGGUGGAAACGCCGCAUGAGGAUGAGCUCGGCAAGUUGCUCUCGGACAUCGACAAAUGGGGUAUCGAUAUCUUCAGGAUAGGCGAGCUUAGUAACAAUCGACCCCUCACCUGCGUGGCGUACACGGCCUUCCAGAGUCGAGAUCUGCUCAAAUCGCUGGCGAUACCUCCCAAGACCUUCGUUACCUUUAUGAUGACCCUAGAGGAUCAUUAUGUGAAGGAUAAUCCCUUCCACAAUAGCCUCCAUGCAGCCGAUGUGACCCAAUCUACUCACACUCUGCUCAACACACCCGCACUCGAGUCCGUGUUCACGCCAUUGGAGAUCACCGCUGCAUUAUUCGCGGCUUCCAUCCAUGAUGUAGACCAUCCUGGACUCACGAAUCAGUUCCUCAUUAAUUCAAGUUCCGAACUCGCGUUGAUGUAUAACGACGAGUCGGUAUUGGAGAAUCAUCAUUUGGCGGUCGCAUUCAAGCUUCUGCAGAAUGAGGGCUGUGACAUAUUCGUGAAUAUGACGAAGAAGCAACGGCAGACGCUGCGGAAGAUGGUCAUCGACAUGGUCCUCUCGACAGACAUGUCGAAGCACAUGUCGUUGCUGGCCGAUUUGAAAACCAUGGUGGAGACGAAGAAAGUCGCCGGUUCCGGUGUGCUACUGCUCGACAAUUACACCGAUCGUAUUCAGGUGCUGGAAAAUUUGGUACACUGCGCCGACCUGUCUAAUCCGACAAAACCAUUGACUCUUUAUCGACGAUGGGUGGGCUUGCUGAUGGAGGAGUUCUUCCUGCAAGGCGACCGCGAGCGGGAGCAAAAUAUGGAUAUUAGUCCGAUGUGCGAUCGCCACAGUGCGACCAUCGAGAAGUCGCAGGUCGGCUUCAUCGAUUACAUCGUACAUCCACUUUGGGAAACCUGGGCAGAUUUGGUGCAUCCAGACGCGCAGGAGAUCCUGGACACUCUUGAGGAGAAUCGCGACUGGUAUCAGUCAAUGAUACCGCCAUCGCCGCCGUCCGAUGAUCAGCAACAGUCAGGAACGAACGAAAGUCAACAGCAACAAGAUAGGAUACAUUUUCAAGUGACAUUGGAGGAAGGUGAUGAGACUAGCGAGGCUGUAGAAGGUGGUGACACAGGGGGCGGCGAUGACGGCGGUGGCGGUGAAUUUUCCAGCGAGGAUCCGGGCGGUGAGACGGAGGAGAACGCCACGGAGGCUGGGAUGUGACGGAGGCUCGCUGGUAUUUGCAGGAAGCUCCAUGAGAAGGUACAACAGAGUUGGUGGCGAGUGCGUCAGUGACAUUCGCACCUAGCCGCGCCUAGUCGCCGGUCCUUUUGUAUCGACCUAUGCCGUGUCGGCUGGACCACGAGGGAGGACGGCGAUUAAGAUGACGGAAGCCGUCUCGAUCGAGCGGCAAGAGACAACGUCCCGACGACGACGGAAUUAUUGUUCACGAAGUGCGAAAGACGCUUCAGGAUCGUUAAGUUUCGGCUGGACCGAAACAAGCUGUAAAUGGACGAAGCUGCACGUCUUUUGUCGUCGUCAUCGUCACCGUCGUCAUCGUCGUCGUUUCAGUUUUGUCUCCACGUUUCGUCUCGUUGAAUACUGUCAAGCGGGAGGGGCGAAUCUCUUUUCACAAAGUACCUGCGCAAAUGAAAGCGGCAACUGUAUGUUUGCUACGUCGAAUGGGUGGCAAGAUGUUUCUUUUUUUCAUUUACACACGCACACACACCGAAGAUGGUGAUAAUCGGCACACGAUAAUUGUCCAUCGUGUACCGAUCGUCAUCUUUUCUACUGAUUUAACGAUGUUGUGUCGCCGUCGAAGGCUGGAGGGAACCUCUCUUCCAGGACAUGCAGGAUCCUCAACAACAUAUCAACAAUGUACGAUAUACUAUGGAUUCUAACGAUGCGUAUUAGCGAUACUUCCGAGCAGAUCGAUGUCUCUGUCUUCUUCUUGGAUUUUGAACGCAGCGCGAAAAUUGUUGACACGUAAGCAACAUUUUGAGACUUGUAUUUGCAUACGACGGAAGUUUAUCAAUUUGUUUCUAAUUCCUAAGUUACAAUGUAAUGUCAUAAGCUCAAUAAUACGUUGCAUUUUCGUGAUCUAAUUUUAUGAAUAAUUUGGUCAACGUUUUACCAUUAGUCGAUAUUCAAAAUUAUUCGCGUUAUCGAAUCGAGCUUAAUUUCGUUAUCCGAAAUGUACGUUAUACCGAAAAGGAAGAGACGACGAAAUUAGAAAACAAUUAAACAAAAGGAUACUCAGUUGCAGUUAGGCGCGUUCAUCCUUUUAGUUCUUCGACGGUUAUUCGAUAGUCACCUACUUAUAGAGAAAGAGAUACCUGUCUUUAAUCGUAAGAUUUUGUCAUGUUCGCUUCGUAGACGUAGACAAGUUCGUAAGUGAAUUGUUCGUAAUCGAAAAACGAGAAUCCAGAAGUAGCCGCGUGUCUAUAAAGGAAAUGCUAGAGCAAAUACGUAGAGUAUUACCCGUUGUCUGUAUGAUAUUUAAGCGAAAGAAGUGAGGGAGGAGUCCAUUUCUUUUUCCCAUAUCAUGCAGUUGACGGGAGAGCACCGAGCAGCAGAAUGAGGGGCAUCGAGAUAAGGGUACAAUUAAUUUUAAUACACAACCAUAUUAAGAGCUGGUCUUUUAAGUUUGUAUUAAAAUUAAUUACCAGAGCCGCGAGACGCUUUCUUGCGAUAUAUACAAUACACACAAAACACACACAACGUAUACAUACAUACCUAGUCGACACAAACUAAAAUUAAUGUAGAUUUCAACGUUAUAACUUUGUACUCAGCAAUAUAACUGUUAUGUAACACUAUGUGUUAUAUAUUACAUUCAUAUUGUUGAGGGUGCGAAAUUAUAACAUUGUUAAGUUACUUUUAAUUUGUGUCGAGUGGGUAAUAACACAAAUGCAAUACGUACAAUUACAAUGCAAGCGAGGUUAUAUAUCGAUAGAUGUUUUUAACCAAAGAGUAAUAUAAGUGAUUGUUAAGUCGAUUGCCGAGCGUGCCAUUCACCAAUACGUCUUCUGAUGACGAAUAAUCUAGCGACAGUCCUUGGAAUUUCGCGUAGUAUGUUAAUCAAAGGGAAGUAUCCUCAUCAUACGGAUGUCCAUAAAUCGCUCAAAUUUGCAAGUUCGUUCGAUGUUCAAAACCGCGAUUCAAACGGAUUUGGAGCGCUGGUGAACGCCAAACGUUUGUCACUGUUUUUUAAUGUACAAAUUAUGCUGAUGCAUCAUGAAAAUAAUUUUUGUCUUCUCUUGAAUUAUGAGUCGCACGAAAAUCUUUUAAUUUCCUGAGGGGAAAGGGGAAGCAGAGUAGUCAUACGUAUUGGUGGAAUGGCGACAAUUUCGCGCCUCGAUGAUAUCAGGGAAUUGAAAUGGAAAACGUUAUUAGCGAUCGAUAAGCGAGUGCAUCGAGGAUCAGCCUAAAAACAAAAUUAACGUUUUACUACUAUUCUAAGUCGUAAGCUUGCCAUCGACGCGAAGUAGGAAAAAUUCGAGUCUGAUCGGAAACGUUUGUAAGCGACCGGUAGCUCGGGCUCACGUAAUCGUACAUUUCUUAUAAUCACGUUAAGGGAAAUUACCUAAAUCGUAAAAACAGAAAAAAAACCGGAAAAAAAUACUACGGAGAAAGCAAAAUCUCUAUGUGUGUUGUAGACAAUGAUCUAGUGAGUGUUUUGGUGCUGGUCACCAAGCUUUAGCGCGUAAGAAAAACUCCGAGGUUCACGAGAGUCCGCGACUACAUUGUUAAGUCGAGAAAAGGGAGUUAACUUAACGAAGUUUUUAGGGCGUAAGCAACGAGGUUAUAAUAAUAAUAAUAUUAAUAAUAAUUAAAGAUAAUAAUCAUAAUAUAAACAGUAAUAAUGAUAAGCGCGAUAUAAGAAAGAUACUGAUUUAUUAAUGUUAACGAUAACACUCGUUGCGCGAACGAAUGUAAUCGAGAUCAUGUUCGCUUCAGCCGUCGGGGCAAUGUCGUAAAAGGAGGAGGAGGAAGAGAAAGACUAUAAAGUGUUAUCGAUUAUGUACCUCUGCACUGACGCCGAGUUUGACACUUGGUGAAAGUAUUCGAUUAGACGGCGAUUUUUUAAUUAUUUAGCGCGAGUGCGUCUUUGAUUGUAUUUUUGGCGUGGACGAGCGGAAAUGCACUCGUUCUUUCCGUAACAUUUUUUUCUUGUCGCUCGUCUCGAUGGAUCUCGCGAGUGUGUGCGCAGGUACAAAAAUAAAAAAACAAAAAAAAAACGCCACAAAAUACGAUUUUGUCAUACAAAUCUUGUUGGAUCAUCGUGAUUUGUCACGCUUCUAAAGCAUCGUUGCUGGAGCAACGAAAUGUCUUCUCUAACACAUACAGUCUGCCAGUUGCUCGUUAAAAGUGUAAAAAAAAAUAGAAACAGCCAAAGAAAAAA